AUGUACAACCAAUUUGCUCUCCAACCAGAGGUGCUCUCCUUUCCGGAAUGUACCCUAUACAUACAGGUAAAAAUGCGUCGCGCAAAUUAAGCAUUACUGCCAUUACUUGCUCGGCUUUCUUAGCAUAGCUUGUUGUUUGUUGAAGUGUCAUCGCUGGGUACUAGCGAUUUUUUCUAACCGUUUAUCAAUGCCAUCGUUGAACUCAUUCCUCUGGUUUACGGAUAAUUUCUUUUCCGGGUAGGGGUAUUUACAAGUGAUUACGCUAAAAGCCAUGCAAGAGAGAAACCUCUGCUCGCAGGGUAAAAAUACUUCAGUUCAGUCCAGAGAAGAACUUGGUCAAUACCCAGCCUUCUUGACCUAACGCUUGGUCAUUAACUUUAUAACACUCUUUCAAAGCGAAUAUAUUGAUUGAUUGUAGGGUUACAGAGUGGAAUUAUACGAUCUAUGGAGCCAUAUGGACUUCCACUUAACAUCACCACCUUACCGCAGAAACUCAAAGAAGCAGGUAAGGACAAACUGACUUCAACAACCUUGUGCUCACUAGCUCCAUUUACUCCCAAAUGCUUGGCGUACUCAAUCAAUGAAAAUCGAUAUCCAGACUGCGUUCAGUCUCUUAUUUCUGUUUUUUAAAGUCGCAGUAGAUGGACAGCACGAGUGAGAAGAAGAGCAGUUCUUUUUCCUCUCUCUACGCCCAAAUCUCCCCUACUUUUAAUCAUUUGUAAUUUGCCGGCCUUAUUUUACUUUCUCGCUCGCCCUUGGCUCUAAGGAAAGAAGGACGACCACUCCCGAUCUAAUCGAUAUCAAUCGUUUUGCAAGUUAAUGGUUAUUGGAUUGAACUGAGUGAAGUGCAAUUUGGUCUGUAUCUGAUCGGACGGACGCGCAGCGUGACUAAAAAAAAAAAUAGUGGAUGAGGUUUUUGUGAUAUCCGGAGUAAUCAAGGUUAUUCCUUGAUUAUUUAGGAUAUCACAAAAACCGAAUCUAAUAAUAGUUUUAUUAUACAUCGCUUCGAAGAAAAAACGAGAAACACACUGUCGCAAGGAUGAAUUGAUAUAAUUGUUAUUGGAAUUAGUCAGCUAUCUGCUAGCAGAAAACUAAUUAAUCUGUUGUUACAUACGAGUGACAUGCGAAUAUAAGGGAAAAAAUGUUUUGCGCUACCUUGCGCUAAAUGGAAUGAUUCACUCAGGUUGCAUUUGAGACAUUAUUAAAAUUUGUUAUAAAUACAUCUUUGCAUGGUUUUUUAAAGCUACAUUUCUCAACAUUGUUUAAAAAGAUAGAAAAGGCAUUCAAAUGUUUCCGUAUGUUACUCACUUGACAAUCGUAUGCAUCCGUUAUCCUGCGUUGCAGCCGGCCCACGCACUCGUCUAAACCAUUUGUACAGUCAGUUUAUAGUCUAUAUAGAAGGUUUAGAGAGUCUGCGACGCAGGCUAGGAUCCGUAUGUUGCCUGCAUGUAUCCCUAUAUAACCCGUAAGUUUCUCGUAUGUAUUCACUUAGUAAAAGCGAAGUUAAGCUGUUUCAGGGUGUAACAAAUAUCGACGAAAUAUGGCUGUGUAAUGCUUUUCCGACCCGGGGCCAUCUUUACGCAUGAACACACAGGCAAUCACUGAUUUUAGCUGGUAACUUGGGAACAAAUAUACAUUUGCCAAUUAAAUUUUAACAAUUACCAUUGAAGAGUGGGACCAAAGGAUCCCAUUUCUUGUUUGUAGGAUUUUUUGUAGAUACUUGUUUGUAGGAUUCAAUUUUAUACACUUGUUUUUACAUUUUUAGCUGAGGGGUCCUGUUGCAGGUUCUACAACCCGCCUAGAUGUACUGUCUUUGGGCUCCACUAAAAACUAUAUUUCAAAAGCUUUAAAAUGCACUCAUUUUUAUUUCACAACAGGAUAUUCUACACAUAUGAUAGGAAAGUGGCAUCUGGGAUUCUGUAGCUGGUCAUACACUCCACUAUACCGUGGCUUCGAUUCAUUUUAUGGCAUAUACCUUGGCGCUGGAGAUCAUUACACACACGAGACAGCCGGAAUUCUUGACCUACAUGAUAACGAAACGCCUGUAGAAAAUAAAGACGGAGUUUAUUCUACGUAUCUUUACGCUGAGGUUUGGAAUAACAAUAGAUUCUUAUUUAUUCUUAUUAUUUUUUCGUUUAGCUAUUUCACCUACCUGAUCAUACGGAGAAAAGAAAUGUAGUACUUUUUACCGCAAAAAAAUCUUCUGGAUCUUGACUGUCGACUGUCAUUUUUUUUUUUGUGACAAAUGUAUGAGAGCUGCGGAAAUGAAAUCAAGUGAAGAAUGGUCCUCGCAGUUCUGAACGCACUUUAUGCAAUUGCGUAAGAGAAGCCCGAAAAAAAUUCACGACUUCCACGUGAUUUGUACCCGUGACCUAGCGAUACCAUUGCGACGCUUUAACCAACUAAGCUAUGAAGCCACUGAUGUUGGGAGCAGGUCAUAUGUUCUGCAUCGCGAGGUCACGGGUUCAAAUCCCGUUGAAGUCCUGAAUUUUUUUGAGGCUUCUCUUACGCAAUUGCAUAAAUUGCGUUCACAACUGCCAGGAUCAUUCUUCACUUGACAAGAUAUUAUUGUUGAUUAGUCAGGAGAGGAAAACAUUAAGGAACAGGACAGGAAACAGUUCCAAUACAUGAAAGUUAAUAGAUAGAAUAAUAGAAUUUAAUAGAUAUGAAUACAUAUUUUAUCUUGACCUGGCCCCAACACAGUAAAGUGGAUGUCAAUUUCGAGCCCUUUUUAUUUGCAGCAAGCACAGAAGGUUAUUGAAUCCCACAAUGCCUCGACACCAUUGUUUUUAUAUCUACCAUUUCAAAGCGUCCAUACUCCUCUGGAAGUUCCCACCGAGUACACGGAAAAGUACGAAAACAUCACAGAUGAUGACAGAAAAAUCUAUGCAGGAAUGGUUGAAAAUGUUGAUGAAGCAAUAGGAAAUAUAACAGAGGCUAUGAAGACAGCUGGGUUAGUAGAUAAUAAGUAGAGAUCUAGACCUGUCAAAUAAACACAUCCAUUUAUUUGACAUCAAAAUUACAUUACGGCACCCAUAAGAAUUUGAAGUACCCAUUCGUAAUAAGCCCUUAGGGGUACGGAAGCAGAGAUGAUAAGUAAAUUCCAGGGGAGAAACAAAAGGAAAUACGAUAUUAAUCCCUGGGGGAACCCUUUACUUGUCAUUCCGAUAAGGGGUGUAAAUCGCUAAAUGUUGGUCUCACUUUGGAAGUUUUUCAUUAAAAGCAAAUAUUUUUUACCCUCACAGAUACAACUUAGGUUUGUGCGGAACGAAAUCGCCAUAUAA